UACACGGCUUUCAUCCUGCACAGGCAAGACAGAGAGAAGGACGUGCAGACUUAAGCUGUGGUUGCAGGCACAUUUGGAGACGGCUGUUACAGACGAACUUGCUCCUCGUACUAGGAACUGAGAGAUUACCUCGACAUGGCGCACGGCAAAGAGAUCUUUUUUCAUUUAGCGCUGUUGCUGUCGGUUGCUCUGACCUCUCUGAAAACCCUUGACUCAGACCAAGACCUGCAGGAAAGCGGGUUUGGUCAGCCGCCGCCUCGCCACGGCCUCAAGCUGCUGAAGUGGUACGUAAGGGACUGCGUGGACAACAACAUGGUGGCUCUGUGCAAUCCCACACUUGGAGUGUAUGGAUUCCAUGAGUUUAAGAACCAUGGGCUCAGGCCUCUGCUUCCAGUGAUAAAGGACAAAAGGCAAUACAAGUACUACACCAUUGGAAACCUCAACGCCGCCCAUGCCAAAGACCUGCCUUAUGAAGUCAGGAGGUACUACAACCAUAGCGACCCCGAAAGUAACAAGGACAGAGUUUUGGUGAAAUACAACAGCAACACCAAUCGCAUCAACCAGAUCUACGCAUCUGCACAUUAUAAGCCACGAGAGACGUACAUAAUUGGCUCCAAUCUUAUUGAAUCUCUUCGACGUCCGGCAGCCAACUUUGAAAUUUGAUGUACUUCUGAUGUAAAAUAUCUCUGUGACAACUUCAAUAGCUCUGUGAUCCCUUUUUAAGGCUUGAGUUGGGAAAAUACCCCAGAAUACAGUAUUCUAUACAGUAAUACAGUAUUCAAUGACCAAUAAAAGAAAUGUGCAAAUGUG